UAGGCUAUUAGUACUUAAGUUUGGGGGGACUCAAAAGUUAUACAUGGAUUUUCAGAUGUGAAAGGGGUCAGCAACCCUAACCCCCAGCAUUGUUCAAAGGUCAAUUGUAUAACUCACACAUGCUGAAGUAAAUUCAAAAUUGUACAGCCACUUUGGAAACCAGUUUGACAGUUUCUCAUAAAAAUGAACACUUAACACCUGACCCGGUGAUCGGGAAAAGGCUUAAUGAAAUUCUAACAGUGAACUGGACGAUAGAAGAGGUCAGGACAAGAGUGGCCACGUCGGUGCUGAGGCUGAGAUACCUACCGAGGACUGUCACUCUCACGGCUUCCAGCCCUUCGACGAACUCUCAGGUGUGUGGCCUUCUGGCCAGGCUUCUGCAGCGUCACGUUGUUGGAGCAUUCGUUGUAUCCCUGGGGUUGCAGCUCUCUGUAAGUUUGCUGUGGCUGAACCAGGCAAGGCAUAGGCGGAUUUCUACAGAAAUUAUGAUUCCACGAAAGAUUUUGAGAAGAGGAAGGCUGGUAUCUUUCAGAGUGCAGAGUGAUUUUGCACUAUAAAGAAUCUCUUUGGGUGUAAUAGCAUGGAAGUUUGUGGCUGACCUGUGUCCCUGAACUAUGACACACGAAUAUGUGGGCUUAGAAAUAGUUUUGCUUGAUACAUUGAGAACAACAAAGAAGAACGAGUGGCGCUUCCUUCUUUGGUGCCCAGGAUGGUUUGGGAAAGUCUCGCCUUCAUCCUCCCCCACAGUUUUGCGAUUUUGAAACGGGAUCUCGCUCUCCGCGGAAGACAGCCAAGCUCUGCACCCCGGCCUGGCCCGCUGCACCCCGCAGGCCCGGCUCUCCCCUGCGCGCUCCGGGCUGGGUGCGGCGCGUGUGCGGAGCCGCCGCGGUGACACGGAACGCCGGCCGCUCCGGGCCGGGGGAGGCGCGCGUCGAGCGGCGACGGCGGGCUGGCCUGGAGCGCCGCGGCGCUCGCUCACCGGCUCCUGAGGAAGGGCAGUGGGCCCCGCCGCCGCCUCCGGAUGGCGAGGCUGCGGGAUUGCCUACCCCGCCUGAUGCUCACGCUCCGGUCCCUGCUCUUCUGGUCCCUGGUCUACUGCUACUGCGGGCUCUGCGCCUCCAUCCACCUGCUCAAACUUUUGUGGAGCCUCGGGAAGGGGCCGGCGCAGACCUUCCGGCGGCCAGCCCGGGAGCACCCUCCCGCGUGCCUGAGCGACCCCUCCUUGGGCACCCACUGCUACGUGCGGAUCAAGGAUUCAGGAUUAAGAUUUCACUAUGUUGCUGCUGGAGAAAGAGGCAAACCACUUAUGCUGCUGCUUCAUGGAUUUCCAGAAUUCUGGUAUUCUUGGCGUUACCAACUGAGAGAAUUUAAAAGUGAAUAUCGAGUUGUAGCACUGGAUUUGAGAGGUUAUGGAGAAACAGAUGCUCCCAUUCAUCGACAGAAUUAUAAAUUGGAUUGUCUAAUUACAGAUAUAAAGGAUAUUUUAGAUUCUUUAGGGUAUAGCAAAUGUGUUCUUAUUGGCCAUGACUGGGGGGGCAUGAUUGCUUGGCUAAUUGCCAUCUGUUAUCCUGAAAUGGUGAUGAAGCUUAUUGUUAUUAACUUCCCUCAUCCAAAUGUAUUUACAGAAUAUAUUUUACGACACCCUGCUCAGCUGUUGAAAUCCAGUUAUUAUUACUUCUUCCAAAUACCAUGGUUCCCAGAAUUUAUGUUCUCGAUAAAUGAUUUCAAGGUUUUGAAACAUCUGUUUACCAGUCACAGCACUGGCAUUGGAAGAAAAGGAUGCCCAUUAACAACAGAGGAUCUUGAAGCUUAUAUUUAUGUCUUUUCUCAGCCUGGAGCAUUAAGUGGCCCAAUUAACCAUUACCGAAAUAUCUUCAGCUGCCUGCCUCUCAAACAUCACAUGGUGACCACUCCAACACUACUACUGUGGGGAGAGAAUGACGCAUUCAUGGAGGUUGAGAUGGCUGAAGUCACAAAGAUUUAUGUUAAAAACUAUUUCAGGCUAACUAUUUUGUCAGAAGCCAGUCAUUGGCUUCAGCAAGACCAACCUGACAUAGUGAACAAAUUGAUAUGGACAUUUCUAAAAGAAGAAACAAGAAAAAAAGAUUGACUUUUCUUUAUCUUCUAUGAAGGGUCUGUAAUGAAAUCUCUAAAUAAUUUUUAAAAAUUGUUCAUCAACUUCUUUAUGUUUUAUUAGAAAAAGCCUGUUUUAAUGUGCUUUAUCAUAAAUAAAUAUCCUGACAAAUGGUAUUGAAAAAAAUCUGAGAUCAUGUGAACAUGUAAUACAAUGUUGAUUUUCUUCUGGUGUAUUUUGCACAGACAAGCAUCUGCCUUAAAAUAUAUACACUUGUACAAAAAGGAAGUUUGCAGUAAGUGGUUCCGUUUUGGUUUCUUGCUUUUUUUACUCUGUUAACAUAUGGUGCCUUUUACAAAUGUAUAUUAAAGAUUAGCUGUGCCACAUUAUAAGGCAAACCUGCAAUGAUAUAAAUUUUCAUUCUAUUGUUCAAUAGUUCUUUUUACUAUUUUUAAUCAUUAAAAAGUUAUAUUAUCGAA